AUGUUGAAGAGAGCAUAUGACCUUUUGGAAGAAAUUGAGCUGUUCUUAGAUAUGAAAGGUAAUGCUAUCCCUGAAUUGAGAGAUAAGGAAUGGAGAUGUGAUUUAGCAUUUUUAGUAGAUAUAACUGAUCAUCUUAGUGCACUGAAUGCUAAACUUCAAGGAAAAGAUCAACUAAUAAAUGAGAUGUUCUCACUGAUCAAAGGCUUCCAGAUAAAAUUGCGUCUGUGGGAGUCACAAAUCAGAAACCAAACCCCAGCCCACUUUCCAACGCUGAAAAACCAUGACACUAGCAACCCUCAGUAUCAGAAGUAUGGUGACAAGUUGGCAGUCUUACCAGAUGAAUUUUCAGAAAGAUUUGGUGACCUCAAGAAAUAUUCACAACCCAUUGAAGUCUUUGCUUCUCCUUUUUCUGUGGAUGUGAAAGCAAUUCCUGAGGACAUACAGAUGGAUUGA